CAGGGACCUUCAGUCCACAUCAGACUUUUAUAUUCGGACCCCAUUGAUCUCGACAUCCGCCCAUCAUGUCUCAGAGAAGAAGGUCUUCGGUGGCCAGCGUCAAUCGCGAAAACGAUGGGAUUAUUCGUGUCAGAAAUGAUUCGAUUCGUCGCCUCAGUCAGGCCUAUGAGAACAAUAAUAUUGAACAGGCCGAGGCUCAGGAUGCCACCAACAAGGAAAAGUCCAUGACUGUCCGACAAUCGAUACGCCUGUACAAGAAGGCUAUUCUCUUCUCAAUGGCCAUGAGUUUGGCCGUGGUGAUGGAAGGCUACGAUUUAUCUGCCAUGGGCUCCUUCAUGGGAUACGAUCAAUUCCGUGAAGCAUUCGGGACUGAGUUAGACCCAGACGGCAACCCUAGAAUUACAGCGGCCUGGCAAGCCGGAAUUCAGAAUGGUGUCCAGGCUGGUUCCAUCAUCGGUCUGUGGGCGAACGGUUACAUUUCAGAAUGGUUCGGAUACAAGAGGACCAUGUAUGGCGCCCUUUUCCUGUCGGCCGCCUUCAACUUUAUCCACUUCUUCGCCCAGAAUGUCGGUAUGAUCUGCGCCGGUUCGGUCCUCCUGGGUCUGCCAUGGGGUGUGUUCCAGACCCUGACCGUCACAUACGCUUCCGACAUCACACCAUCCACCCUCCGACCAUACCUGACCACGUACAUCAAUCUCUGCUGGGUCAUGGGUCAACUCAUCGCCUCAGGUGUCCUUCGAGGAUGCCAGACUCUGGGUAAUGAAUGGGGGUGGAGAAUCCCUGUCGCCAUUCAGUGGACUUGGUGCCCAAUCAUCCUCGCCGGUGUCUGGUUUGCUCCAGAGUCGCCGUGGUGGCUCGUCCGAAAAGGCCGUCUUGAUGAAGCAAGAGCAGCACUCGUCCAGAUCACCACCCCAUCUGAAGACACUCCUUUCAACGCCGAUGGUGCUGUGGCAUUGAUCCGACAUACCAACGAACUCGAGAGAGCUAUGAAUGAAGGAGUCGGCUAUAGUGACUGCUUCAAGGGAGUUGAGGCUCGCCGUACCUUGAUCGCAUGUGUUGUUUGGCUCACUCAGGCUCUUUGCGGUGCUGCAAUGAUGGGUUAUGCCGUGCAAAUCUACCGUGAAGCUGGGUUGAGUGAAGAAAACGCCCUUAACAUGAACAUUGGCCAAUUCGCACUCGGUUUCGUCGGCACCAUUGUCUCAUGGUUCCUCAUGAGACGCAUCGGCCGAAGAGCCCUCUACUUCUGGGGUCUAUGCAUCCUAUUCUGUUUCCUCAUGCUCAUUGGCGGUUUGGGUGUCAUCUCUCGAGAGAACGAAGGUGCCGCAUGGGCCCUCGGCUCUCUAUUGCUGGUAUACACCCUCUUCUACAACUUCACCGUCGGCCCCGUCUGCUAUGCGAUCGUUGCCGAAAUCCCCUCCACCCGACUUAAGAUCAAGACCGUCGUGCUGGCCCGUAACUUGUACAACUUGGGCGGUAUUUUCAACAACAUUGUUGUUCCACGCAUGCUUUCGCCCAAUGAUUGGAAUUGGGCUGGCAUGACUGGUUUCUUCUACGCUGGUCUCACCGCUCUACUGGCUGUCUUCAUGUACUUCAUGUUGCCUGAAUGCAAGGACCGCACCUAUGCCGAACUCGACGUUCUCUUUGAGAACAAGGUGUCGGCUCGCAAGUUCCACAAAGUCGAUGUCGAUCAAUUCUCGGGCGAAAGUACCGAGAUUCAAUUCGAUCGCAGCAGUACCGAUACAGUCAAUGGUGCCGAUCAGGAAAAGAUUGGCGAGACGAGGAAAGAACAAGUCUAAUGAACUGAUCUGAUCUAUACGUCUCCAAUUAGUCCUCGGGUGGUUGUCUCCAUGAGAUGUCCCUGUGGGCUUCGCUUGGCAUGAGACUGCUUUGGUCGAUCAAUUUGUUGUUCCAAUAUGAGAUAUACCUAACUAUGC